AUGCUGGAAGUUCUUUUGAAGCACCGGAAGGUCACGUGGAUUUGGCUUUAUAUAAUAUCGCUAGUUUCCGGUCUUGUGAUUCGGCUUAGCAUCUGGCUGUUCAGGGAGAUCCCAAAGCCAGGUUCGUCUUAUUUGCUCAGUUCCCACAACAUCUUCAACGUUGUUUUUGCAAAUAAUUGCUUUCUAUGGUUUACUCCGUGCUAUGUGUCUGUUUCCUGGUUGCUGUUGAAGAGUCGCAUCAAUAAGGACGAUCGCUAUACUGACCCGGAAGAUGCAGACCAGGCAAACUUUCUGCCACUCACAGCUGCAGAUUUAGGUUAUCACCCUCAUUUGAGAACAAAUGGCAACUUGAUAUUCUUGCAGACUGCCAAAAUGAUCCUGAUCUAUCUCUGGGUGGGGAUUUUGCGGGUUUGGUGUUUUGGCAAUUCGCUGUUUGACAGGUAUCUGAUACAUACAGGAGGCCAUUGCGUUUUCGAUGAAGCCUCCCCUUACUUUGGAACGUCUCCCAAUUAUGAUACUUGUGUUUCCGAGCUGGGUGUCUGGGACGGCGGGGUAAAAUUCAGCGGGCAUAUGUUGGUGCUGGGAACUUUUAGCUUGAUGCUCAUUUACGAAUUACGAAACUACGCGGUUAUCCGCAGUCUGAACGAGCAGGAUAAUACGGUGUCGAUAUCCAAGAUCCAGUUUCACAACUUUGUGUUUUCGAUCGAGGAUGCAGUCGUGGGAUUUUCUGCAUUUGUGCUCCUCAUGUGGUACGGACUCUUCAUCGACACUGCCAUAUUCUUCCACACUACAACAGAAAAGGUGGUAGGACUGGCAUGUGCGCUUGCUGUACCAUAUCUGCUCUAUAUUUUCAAGCCCACCAAGAAAUAUUUCAGCGUUUUAUAG